AUGUUUACUACAACACACCCAUCAUCUGGAGGAGCAUCAAACUUUAGCCAAGCUUUAGCAUCUGAAGCCCGUCUUAAUAGACUUCAUCGUCUAUUUAAAACACAUUUCAAUGUAACUGAACCAUCACUCGUACUAGACCCUUAUUUAUUUUUGGGCAAUUGUAUUUCGGCACAAGAUAUUCAUCGUUUAUCAAGAUUGGGCAUCCGUUAUAUUCUCAAUGUAGCUAAACGUGAUGUUGAAUUAUGUCCAUAUUAUCCAAAUGAUAUGCGUACACUUACCAUUGAUCUUCGUGAUGAUGAUCGAGAAAAUAUUUUACGUGCAUUUGAUCAAGCAUUUGCAUUUAUUGAUGAAGCUAGACGUACAAAAUCUCGUAUACUAGUUCAUUGUAGUCAUGGGCAAAGUCGAUCACCUGCCAUUGUUAUUGGUUAUCUUAUGCGUACAUAUAAUGUUUCAUUAGAACAAUGUCUUGUUCAUGUUGUUAAAGCUCGUCCAUGUGUUAUACCUAAUGACGGUUUUCUGAAACAAUUGAUUGUUUAUGAUCGUUUUCUUAUCGAACGCCGUCGACAACAACAAGGAGCAGCUGCCAUGCAAACUGUCAAGACUGCACUACCAACUGAAAUUCCAAUUCAACAUCAUCUACCUAUAGCUUCUCAAUCUGUGAAACCACCAGCUUCAGCUACAAUAGCUCCAGCACAGCAUCCAACUAUUCCAGUUUCUAAUGCUGCUAAUACAUCAUCAGUAAAAUCAUCAAUUAUGGAAUCAUCAUCAACAUCAAGUAUGGGUUUAGCAUCAAAACCAAGUACGAGGUUACCAUCAACAUCAAGUGUAGGGGUAUCAUCAACAUCAAAUAUAAAAUCCUCGUCAAGUACUAAUUCAAUACAUGUCAUUCCAAUUCAAAUUGAAACAAAAGAAUCAACUCCAGAAAAAAGUGAAUCAGUUCAAUGCAAAGAAGUGUCAAGGGAUGAUGACACUGGUGAUGAAGAUACACAUCAGACCGAUAUUCAUUCAGAAACAAAACCUUGCGCGAUAAAACAACCACCAACAGAAAACUCAAAACGACUUAAACCUUCUUCAUCACAUAAUCUAUUAAUAAUUAACAACAGAUCAAGUAAACCAAAAACAAAUGAUAUUAAACAAGUUCCCAAUCAAAUACCACGAUCUAAAACAGACGAUCUUGGCCGUUUGCAUGCCAAUCAACAUCAUCAUAAUCAACAUCAUCAUAAUCAACAUCAUCUUAAUCAACAUCAUCUCAAUCAUCAUUCUUCAUAUUUUCUUACUCAAGAACAAUGGAACGUUAUUAAUAAUAUGCCUACAAGUUAUCAUGGUUUUAAUCAACAUAGAAAAACAAAUUAUAUCACUGAAAUUUAUGAUAGAGCAACAAAGCAGUUUGUUCAAAUGACAUGCUAUUAG